AUGCUGGAUAUAAUAAAUAAAAAUGAAAUAUUGAGUCCCUCACCUCAGGACUUACUUAAUAAGGAUGAUAAGCAAUCAACAAUAGAUGACACGAAAUUUAAACGACAAGAAAGUAGAUACAUUGCCCCAGAAAAUAUGAAUAGUCCAUCCAUGGAUCAACCAAAUAUUUCAUACAAUAUUCCACCCAAGAAUCAUAACUUGAAGAAUUCAAACCUGUCCUCUUCUUCUUCAUCAUCUUCACAAACAUCACAAGAAAAUUCCAUUUCAACCACGACAUCAGCAUCGAAUUUAUCUCAAUCUUCAAAUUUUGAUCCAUUUGCAGGAUUAUCUUUUAAAGUAGGAGUAGCAGAAAAUAAAAACUCAACAUAUAGAUCCAAAAUGGAAGAUGUACAUACAUAUAUUGCUAAUUUUGCAGAAAGAGUAGAUUGGGGUUAUUUUGCAAUAUUUGAUGGUCAUGCAGGAAAAGAUUGUGCAAGAUGGUGUGGAAAUAAUUUACAUACAUUAUUGGAACAAGAAAUAGAUUUAAAGAUGCAAGAUCAAUCUACUACUACUACGAGUAGUAAAGAAAACUCACCACCAAUUGACGAUAUUAAUAAUACGGAUAUUCCUUCACCUAAGGAAUCAGAAUCAUCAAUGACUUCAAAUGGAGAAAGUAUUGACUCAACUAUGUCAAAUAAUUCUUUACAAUCAGCAGAAAGUGCAACAUCAUCAACUUCAAGUAUACCAUUGAAUGGUAAAUACGACAUGAAGGAACAUUUAUAUAAAAGUUUUUUAAAAGCUGAUGAUAUAAUAGAAAAAAAUGGUACGGGUACAUCAGGAUGUACAGCUGCAGUUGCAGUAUUAAGAUGGGAAAGUGAAAAUGAAGAUGAUUGUUUAAUUGAUUCAACAAAUUUAAAAUCAUUACAAGAAAGUUCAAAUAAAAAAUAUGAUUUUAUACCCACAAAAAAUCAUAAAAGAAUGUUAUAUACUUCAAAUGUUGGAGAUUCAAGAAUAAUACUUUGUAGAAAAGGUAAACCAUAUAGAUUAUCAUAUGAUCAUAAAGCUUCAGAUUCAAAUGAAAUAAAUAGAAUAGAAAAAUCUGGAGGUCUUAUAUUAAAAAAUAGAGUAAAUGGAGUAUUAGCAGUAACUAGAUCUUUAGGUGAUACUUAUAUGAAAGAUUUAGUAUUAGGUAAACCUUUUACAACAUCAACUAAAAUAGAUGAAGAUGAUGAAUUUUUAAUUAUUGCAUGUGAUGGAGUUUGGGAUGUAUUAAGUGAUGCAAAAGCUUGUAAAUUUGUUAGUCAAUGUUUUGCAAAAGGUUUAAAUACUAGUGAAACUUCUAAAAAAUUAUGUCAAUUAGCUAUUGAUAAUUCAACUAUGGAUAAUGUAACGGUAAUGAUAGUUCAAUUUGAUAAAAACAUUUUCAAGCAAUAG